UACAGGAAGCAGAAAGUGUUCGACUGCACGGCUCUGUUUCAGCUCAGGGGAGGAUGAUCUCGCGGUUAGGUGCAGUAGAGACAAACACACACACUGUGUGAUCUGAAAGUGAAGGUAAAACAGACCGAGGAGAGAAAAUAAUGGAAACAGACAUUUUCCCCACUCUUGAAUAUACUGAAUGAUACAAUCGAUAAUCUUGAUGUGGCUUAACAGACGGUAACACCAUUUGUAGUUCUGAUUUAAGUCUUCUCAUUUUCCUACUAUAUUUUAAAAGAAAUAGACGUCAAACACAAGCUUUCUGGUUCUACAUCAGCUGACGAGGAAACACUGAAGAGGACAACAGAGACUGAAGACAAAAGAACCCAGAGAGGAUCAUUUCCAGAGUCUCUCAAUGAACACAGAGAAGACGGACUCAACAGACAUGAGCAGAAGAUACUGUGGGCUGGAGAAUCCAGACUCCACCUCCUACUUGAAUGCAGUUCUUCAGACACUCUUCAUGACGAAGGAGUUCAGACAACAUGUCGAGAGUGUUUCAUCUGAUGAUAACUUCAUUAAAGAGCUGAAGAAAUUGUUCAAUGAAUUGGAAACACAAGAGAAAAAUGCAGUUUCAGCAGCUGGGGUCACCAGAAGCCUCGGCAUUACAGACGUUUAUAAACAACGAGACGCAGCAGAACAUCUACAUUCGAUCCUUAAAAAGACUCCUGGAUCCUCUGAGCUUUUUAAGGUCUCAACGACCAAAAGAGCAUGCGUGUCAUGCAGAGACAAACAAGAACCCUGUCAGGAUUUUCUCUCAUUGCCAGUCUCUUUUAAACACUCUCAGGAUGUGGAAGUUGCUUUAGAGGCACAUAUUCUUCAAAUGUGUGAAAAGUAUCAGCUGCGUUGUCGUAACUGUCAGAAAACAACAGUCUGGAAAAGUGAGAUGAUCACCUUUCCAAAACUACUGAUUAUUCAGUUGAGGAGGUCUGGUGACAAGGAAGUGCUCAUUCGUCCUCAGAUUAAGGUUUCCUCUCACACGUAUGAACUCUAUGCCAUAGUAAACCAUGAGGACACAUAUUGUAGUGGAUACUAUUAUGCAGACAUCAAAUGUGAAGAUGAAAUCUGGCGUCGAUUUGAUGAUUGCAGUGUCUCAGAGACUCCCAGUGACGAGCGCCCUACACUCAGGAGUUCAGAAGCCCAUCUACUCGUGUUCAGACAAGUAUAAUCAGCAUGCAGCAUUCAAUAAAUCCAGUAAUACAUGACUUCAGAUUCACAAGAAAACACAUUUAUAAAUCAGCCUAGAAAUCUUGUUCACUGGCAAAUAUACAUUGCAGAAAAGUACCAAAUCAAAACUCAUUUCAUAUUUGAUGACCUUUACACAGUUAUUGAACUGAACUGAAUCAACAUUGAACUGAAUUGAUCUGAAUAAUAACUCUAUUGUCUUCUGUAGAGCUGAUCUACAGCUGAAUCUGAAUUAUUCUCAUAUUUGAUGAAGUUUGAUUCAGUUAUUUUCCUCUUUAUUCCUGUGAAGUUGAUUUAAAACAAUCUGUAACAUGAAACAUAUUCAUGCAUUUAUUCAUCUUUCAUGUUAAUCAUUUAAUGAUUUAUGGCUUAUGAUUUUUCAACAUUAUCUUUGAUUUCAUAUACUCAUGUACUCCUACUCCAUAUAUUAAUCCUCAUCAUAUUUUCAAGUAUUUACUCUUUAUUGUACUCAUGGUUAUGGUUAUUCUUUCAUCUUUAAGAGAAUGUAUUGUGCUGUAUUCAGUUGUUCUUCAAGUGUUUCAGUGUUCAGGUCAUGUCGACACGUUUGUGGUUAGAUAUUGGACGCCUGCCAUGUACUGCAGAAGUGAUGAUCAUUUUGAACUUGAUGUAUCUUUGCAUCAAAAUAUGUCUGUUUCCAUCUCUGCAGACAUGAGAUAAUGCAAGAUCUGCUUCUGCUUCUUCUCUUCUACCUCUCAUUUCAUUCUGCAAAUAUCUUCCUUCUUCUGUUCUCCCUUUCUCUAUAUUCUGAUCUUCACUCUUCAUCUGUUCCAUACAAUACUCUGGAUUCUAUUAUAAACUAUUAUUUACUUCAGUCAUUUCUUUGUGUCUAUAAUGUGUACUUUAUUAUUCCUUAUUCAGAUUUGAUCUCUGACAUAAUCAUUGCUGGACUGUCUGGAUAUAUAAAUAAAUAAAACAGUCAUCCUGUCACCAUAAA